AUGCCGGUACCAGACGAAUACCACAUGCAUGAACCAGGGCAACAACCAACAAAUGUGCUCCUGCUACCCAGCUUCACCAUCGUGGAAAAUGUAACUCCACAGCUGGCACCCGAUCUGAUUGCAAACUUUAUCAACAAUUCUCCAACAACAACCACACCACUCGGCAGCAUUCCUCCAGAAAGGAAGAGCGAGAAUGGAGUGGACUCUCCAGACCUGGAGCAACUGGAGCAACUGGAGCAGCAGGAGCAGCAGCUGCCGCACCCCUCCAAUACAUCCAUUGCAUCAACCCCUCUCACAUCUCACCCUUGCCCUCAUGCUGCUGUAAUUCUUCUCUGCUCGCAGCGUACCCGUGACGCACGUUGCGGCCAGUCCGCACCCCUGCUGCGCAAGGAAUUCGAGCGGCAUCUGCGGCCGUUGGGCCUGUACCGUGACAUGGAUGAUCAGCGACCUGGCGGCGUGGGCAUAUAUUUUAUUAGCCAUGUUGGCGGGCACAAGUAUUCGGCCAAUGUGAUCGUGUACCGUCGCAGGGACUUUGAUUGGUACAAGCGCGAGGAGACACGCGCUGCAGAUGAAGAAGAAGGUGCUUCUCAAGGCAUUUGGUUGGCACGAGUGCGGCCAGAGGAGUGUGAAAACAUCAUUCGGUAUACUGUCCUGCAAGGUAAAGUCCUCAAACCUGAAUCUCAACUGAGGGCUGGGUUUGAUCGCCAGCGCGGGUUGACGAGCUGGUAG